AACACGUUGUGAAGGGAUUUAAUUUGCAAACGGGAUUGAAAAGGGUACAACUUCCAUGGGAAAAUGUGACCUGUUAAAACUGCUGUCGGAAAAUGCCGGCUGUCAGCGCAAGCACCUAAACCAAAGACAAAAUAUUAGAAUGGCAUAAAAUAUGGCCCAGUUCUACUACAAAAGAAGCGUCAAUGCUCCCUACAGAGAUCGUAUCCCUCUUCGCAUUGUACGGGCAGAAUCCGAACUGUCUCAUUCAGAGAAAGCCUAUCUGAAUGCCGUGGAGAAAGGAGAUUAUGCCAGUGUAAAGAAAGCUUUGGAGGAGGCAGAAAUUUAUUUCAAGAUCAAUAUUAACUGCAUUGAUCCCCUGGGAAGAACUGCACUCCUUAUUGCAAUUGAAAAUGAGAACCUUGAGCUCAUUGAGCUGCUCUUAAGUUUUAACGUGUAUGUGGGAGAUGCUCUGUUGCAUGCCAUACGGAAGGAGGUGGUUGGGGCCGUGGAGCUGCUGUUAAAUCACAAGAAGCCCAGUGGAGAGAAGCAGGUGCCACCAGUGCUUCUGGACAAGCAGUUUUCAGAAUUUACGCCGGAUAUCACACCUAUUAUUCUGGCUGCCCACACCAACAACUAUGAAAUCAUAAAGCUCCUUGUGCAGAAAGGGGUGUCUGUGCCCAGGCCACACGAGGUACGCUGUAACUGUGUUGAAUGUGUCUCAAGCUCAGAUGUGGACAGCCUCCGCCACUCUCGGUCCAGACUCAAUAUCUACAAGGCUCUGGCAAGCCCAUCACUGAUUGCUUUGUCCAGUGAGGAUCCCUUCCUUACUGCUUUUCAACUGAGCUGGGAGCUGCAGGAACUGAGUAAAGUCGAAAACGAGUUUAAGUCAGAGUAUGAGGAACUGUCACGGCAAUGCAAGCAAUUUGCAAAAGAUCUCCUGGAUCAGACACGGAGUUCCAGGGAAUUGGAAAUUAUUCUUAAUUACAGAGAUGAUAAUAGCUUGAUAGAAGAACAAAGUGGUAAUGAUCUUGCAAGAUUGAAACUGGCAAUUAAGUACCGUCAAAAAGAGUUUGUUGCUCAGCCCAACUGCCAGCAGCUGCUCGCAUCCCGCUGGUACGACGAGUUCCCCGGAUGGCGGAGGCGACACUGGGCAGUGAAGAUGUUGACAUGUGUUGUGAUAGGACUCCUUUUUCCAGUCUUCUCUGUGUGCUACCUGAUAGCUCCCAAAAGCCCAUUGGGGCUGUUCAUCAGAAAGCCAUUUAUCAAAUUUAUCUGCCAUACUGCAUCGUACUUGACUUUUCUGUUCCUGCUGUUGCUUGCCUCUCAGCACAUCGACAGGUCAGACCUCAGCAUGCAGGGACCCCCUCCAACCAUCGUCGAGUGGAUGAUAUUACCGUGGGUCCUGGGUUUUAUCUGGGGUGAAAUUAAACAGAUGUGGGAUGGUGGACUACAGGACUACAUUCACGAUUGGUGGAACCUCAUGGAUUUUGUAAUGAACUCCCUGUACUUGGCAACAAUCUCCUUGAAAAUCGUUGCAUUUUCAAAGUAUAGUGGGUUAGUUCCACGGGAGAGCUGGGACAUGUGGCAUCCAACCCUGGUGGCUGAGGCCCUGUUUGCAAUCGCAAACAUCUUUAGCUCCCUGCGCUUGAUCUCAUUAUUCACUGCAAAUUCUCACCUGGGACCUCUGCAGAUAUCACUAGGAAGAAUGUUGCUGGACAUUUUGAAGUUUCUCUUCAUAUACUGCCUUGUGCUGCUUGCUUUUGCAAAUGGAUUGAACCAGCUGUACUUUUACUAUGAGACAAAUGAACCUGGCAACUGCAAAGGAAUACGAUGUGAAAAGCAGAAUAAUGCAUUUUCAACGUUAUUUGAAACGCUGCAGUCAUUAUUCUGGUCUAUAUUUGGACUCAUCAAUCUCUAUGUGACCAAUGUGAAAGCGAGGCAUGAAUUCACUGAAUUUGUUGGGGCCACCAUGUUUGGUACCUAUAAUGUAAUAUCUCUGGUUGUUCUACUCAACAUGCUAAUAGCCAUGAUGAAUAACUCUUACCAACUCAUUGCUGAUCAUGCAGAUAUUGAGUGGAAAUUUGCUCGUACAAAACUCUGGAUGAGUUACUUUGAAGAAGGAGGAACUUUGCCCACUCCUUUUAAUGUCAUACCAAGCCCAAAGUCUUUGUGGUAUCUGAUCAAAUGGUUAUGGAGACACCUUUGCAAGAAAAAAAUUAGAAGAAAGCCUGAAAGUUUUGGAACAAUAGGGAGACGUGCAGCUGACAAUUUGAGGAGACAUCAUCAAUACCAGGAAGUUAUGAGAAAUCUGGUUAAAAGGUAUGUUGCAGCUAUGAUAAGAGAUGCCAAAACUGAGGAAGGAUUGACAGAAGAAAAUUUUAAGGAGUUAAAACAAGAUAUUUCCAGCUUUCGCUUUGAAGUUCUGGGUUUGUUAAAAGGAAGCAAGCUGUCUAAUUUGCAGACUGGAAAGAUGAGCAAAGACACUGCCUCUCUGUCAGAAAAUGAAGAAAAUAGUGAGAGUGAAGGAAACAAGAAAGGAAAGAAAAAGCCCUUCAGCCUUUUUGACAUAACAACGAUGAUUCACCCACGAUCAGCCAAUAUCGCAUCUGAAGGACAUAAUGUAAGCAAUGGCUCAGCAAUGAUGGUGUCAGAGUCCACUCAGGAGAAACAAAAGCGUGUGAAUUUUGUAACAGACAUAAAAAAUUUUGGGUUGUUUCACAGACGAUCAAAAACAAACUCUGUGGAGCAGAGUACAAAUAAAAUAUACACCGUUUCUGAAGAAGUUUCCCGUCAACAGGCAGAAGAACAAUGUGAGAAAACUGAUGAACUGGAAGAGAGAGAAUUGAUCAUGAACUGUGAAUUAAACUUCCAAAAUCCUGGCAAAAAAUGUGUGUUAGCUGAGUCACAAAAUACCAGUGAGUCUUUGGAUUCACAGGAAGAGGGAACUAUUUGUCCUUCAGAAAUAGAGAAAAUGGAGUUACAAAACUCAGAACCUGCAACUCCACAGGAUCAGCUGGACAAGGCAUUGGACAUUAGCAUUGACUCUGAUGAGAAACAGGAAACAAUUGUUCAGGGUGACUAUGUGAUAACAAGGUUGUGAUGCUUACAGGAGGAAGCAUUUACAAAUAUAUAUAUUUUGCAUAGUGCUUUUAGGGGGGAAUGUUUUAAGAAUUAUAUUAGCUAAUGCAGAAUUACACUUUAUAGUACUCAACUGUGGCACAUGAUCUUGUAACGUAGUCAAGAGAAAGAAAAUAUGAGGACCUUCUGUUUUGUAGCCUGCUUUAGCUUUCACAAUUUGUUUUACAUUUUUUAAUAAAUGGAAGCAUCUUGUAUUCUUGUACUGUUGCAAUAAUCCACAGAAACUUUUUAGCUAUCUUUUUCAAUUACAACAAAUGGAAUUUCUCUCAUAUGAUAGUUGACUCCUAUGAUAAAUAUUUUUCUAUGCAAAUAAAAAGUAGCUUAAGAAACUUGUAGGCUUUUAUUUAACUUUGUAGGUUCUGAAAAGAUUCUGUGCACCAUAAUAAUCAUAUGUGGCUCCUGCCAGCAUAAUUCAUGUCAAGCUAUUAGAAUAAUUUGUUUAAAGUGCUAGAAACUUGUGUUGAAAUCUAUACAGAAUCAGAAGAUAAAUUAUAUUCUUCUAUUUAUUGAAGGAAUAUGAAUACCUGUAAAUUAUGAAAAAUAGGUCUAUUUGAUUAUUUAAUUACAACUUUUCCCUCACAGCAAGAGGAGUGUGACUGUCUGAUACCAUUGUUAGAAAUGCAUUUGCAAGUUUUGAAGACUGUAGAAAUGUUUCUUAUAGAAAAAGAAAUAUUGGUGGCUUACUAAAAAUUGAUGAUGGAUUACUCCCUAAGAAUCCUUUACCACCCCAGCUACUGCUUCUUCAACUACGUAUUUUUCCUCAUGUGGACAACCUAUGCACUUUAAUAUUCAGCUGCUUAUUAGCUUCUGCCUUUACAAUACACUUGCAUUUGCUAAGGGAAAGACACUUCAGGAAUAAACAAGCAACGAUUCCCCUGAGUACUUGAAUAAAUAUGGCAAUUUGUUAAGAAGUUUUAGAAGGCAUGCCUUAAGGGAGUUUCUUUGAUAAUUUUACAGUUUGGAGGAACCUGAUUGGGUGUUUUCUAAUAGAUACCUAAAUGUGUAAAGAAAAUCUAAUAGUAUUUUUCAUAAUUGAUGAGUGACUUACUGUCUUAGUUAAAACCGGUAUUUUUAAAAUUAAACAUUGUGGGGUUUUUUAAUCAUUAGCUGGUGUCCUACAUUAUUAAAAAUUUCAUUUUACAACUGACAUAAGAAUAACCACCCCCAGCUUUCAACACCAUUCUUUCCCCCACUGAAUAUACCACAUAAGUGUUGUAUUUAAUUCUUAACUUCCCCAGCCCUGCCAUGACAGAUUUUGUAGUUCAUAUUAGGAUGUAUUAAGGAACUUCCAGAUGCAUAGAGUGAAUUUACAUUUCUGAUGUAAUCUAUCCCAUGUAAACCUGUAGGAUCUGACCUAAAGCCAUGUCAUUCUGGAUCUAAAUUGUCCUGGUACUGAACUGUGUCUUGGAAAUCCAGGCAAACCGCUCUCAUCUCUAUACUUUAAGGUGAGUUUUCCAACUCUACUUUACACCUGUGCUACUCUCUCUGAUGCCACAAAUUGAAAGCUUCCUUCCUCCACACCUGUUUGUGUCAUGGCAGAUACAGUUAAACGAAAAUGGAAAAUAUGAGUCGUAAUUGGAAAAUAGUUUGUAUAGCUUUGCAACAAUGUGUUCAAAUCAUAUUUGAUUGGUUAGUUUCCAUCUUGGACUCUUGACUGCUCUGUAGACCCUCUCUCUUUCACGUCUCUCUCCUUGUCCACCUUUAGACUGUAAGCUCCUUGGGGCAGGGCCUGCAGCUUUUCUGUCUGGAAAGCACCUGAAUUAUUACAAGUAUAAAAAGAAAUAAAUAAUAAUAAUGGUGGACUAACCUCA